AUGAGCCUGGGCCUCGAGUUGGAGACGGAGCAGGCAGAGGUUCAGAGGCUCACGGCAGAGCUCCGAGUCUGGCGCGAUGCCCAGGGCGCAGGCUGGUCGCCCCGCGAGUCAGAAGACACGGCCACACGCCGCGCAGAAGAAGCGGCGCAAUGGGAGGCGGAGCGGCGGGAGCUGGACACCAGCCUCACGGAGCAGCGGCUCAAGGUCAGCCAACUUAAAAGCGCUGCGGCAGAAGAUGGGCAAAAUGCCAAAGAACUGGCGCAGGAGGUGCAGCGAUUGGCCUUGCGGGCUCAAUCCACCCAGAGGUUGGCGCGGCAACGCCAGAAAGAGGUGAAGGAGGAGCUCUGA